AUGUUGGGAAUUGACCAAAUUGCAAGGUAAGCACUAUUGACUACAAUUUUUGUAUUUGUAUCCUACAUUUGGGGGAUUUUCGAGUGUUGCGUUUUUACGUGCAAAUUUUGUCGGUUUCUGACGAAAAUUAUAUGGAUGAAAAGCUAAUAAUUCUGAAGAUGAAAAAUAAUAUUAUGGAUUAUAGUUAAUGUUGUUUAUGCCAGUUUUUUUAUUGAAAUAGAAAUAGAAUCGUAUCGCCAGAAUAUAUUUUUUUUAUAAAUUGAGGUUGAUUAAUUCGACAAAAAAAAUAAACAGAUGGCAUAUGGGCUUUUUUGAAUGAGGAUAAACAUGAAAAUGACCGGAAACAUGAAAAUGUUGCAAAUUUAUGAUGGGAUUUUCUGGGUUCAGAAUUAUUAUUUGUUGGAAUUUCGAGGGGCCUUGUUAAUUUUCGAAUGUUGGGAGAACAGAAUUUUUUUCUGGAAUUUUUAUGGAGCAGAUUUUUCUGUAAUUUAGAUGUUUUUCUGAAAACAGAACCUGGCUUUUGAUUUUUUUUUUUGGAUUCAGAUUCUUUUUGGAAGCUUUGUUGAAUUUCUGAAAUUUACAGAUUUCUUUUUCUGAAAUUUUUAUGAAACUAGUUGUGUUGUGAUUCAGAUUUAUCUGAAAACAAAACUUGGCUUCUGAUUCUAUUCAGCUAAAGUUCGGAAAAAAUCGAAAUGUUUUUUCAAAAUAUAUCGAGGUCGAAAUCAAUAUUUUUCCAGAAGUACAGUACCCAAACUAUUUUUCCAGAAUUCAUAAUAUUCCAUAUUCCCUCAAAAAUCUUGAAUUUUUCCAGGCUAGCUGCAGAAGAAGCGCGUCGAGAACAAAAGGCCGAUUCGGGAACAUUUGUCCGAAAAACCACACUAUCAUCAAAUGCACCGAUCAAAGAAAAAGUGAGUGUUUUGAAAACUAUUGUUGAUUUUCGCUCAUCCUCUUCCAAAUAUUGUCAUUACCCUCAAAGGCCUCAGAAGGCCUCAGAGAAAAAAAAACUGCACUUUUAGUAACCCUCUCUGAACGUUCUAAUUGAAUUUCUGAUGUUAAUUGCGAAUGAGCGCCGCGCGCGCGCCAUAAGCAGAAGCAGCGAGGAAAAAAACGGAGAAGAAAAACCAAGCUGAAAUUGAAGUUUAAUUGAAAAAUGACAGAAAAAGGGAGAACAACCAAGUUUUUUAGUGCAUUAUCAUCGAAAACGUUUUCUAGGAAUUCGUCAUCACCGAAUUUUUUGGUGAAUUUUUAAUUAGAGAACACGGAAAUGUGUUUACCUUGCUUGGUGGAGAAACAACUUUUUUUUUUGACACUCGAUAUCUGACAUUUAGAAAAAGGUAAAAUGACGUGACACAUCAUUUUGUUUUUUUUUCAUUAUAUAAAAUUAUAAUCCAUAGACAAAAGAAAGGGAUGCAUAUGUAUUACAGUAUCCUAAUUCAAUUAUUUUUUGUUUGAGCCUUUCUGGAAAUUCUAGAAAAAAAAACUUGAGCCUUUCUGGAAAUUCUAGAAAUGAGACUAGAAACACAAAGAGCAAUUUAUCAGUGUUCCAGAUUUUCAUAUAAAAAAUUUAUUAUCCGAAAACAAAAAAAUUGAACAUAUCCCAUUUCUUUGUCUUUUUAGAUUUUGAAAAAAAUUCCGUCAAAAACACAAUGAGAUAUAAAUCAUUGUUCCAGAAAAAUGCAAAUUUUCAAAUUUUUCAUAUAAAUUUAUAAUUCUUGGACAAAACGAUAGAAGACAUGUAGAAAAUUUUGAUCUAGAAAUUUUGAAAACAUUUUCCAGGUUUUUAAGAUGCCCAAAUUUCAAAGUAUUUUGUGAUCAAUUUUUCAUAAAAGUUCAUAAUCCACCGAAAAAAAGUAAUGAGAUGCAUAUGUAUUACAGUACCCCAAUUCAAUUAUUCUUUGUCUUUUCAUCCUCAAAUAAGUGCAACUUGAGCCCUUCUCAAAAAAUCCUGCCAUACCACAAAAAACACACAGACACAACAAUCAAUGUAUAUAUGGGUUCCAUUCUUUUUUUUCCACCUCAAAUAUUCAUAUGUCUCUUUGACUACUCGGCCAAAAAAUCCAUAAUUCAUAGCAAUAGGGGGCCGUGACAACUCAACUUGAAUGCAUUUCAAAUUUAGUGUUGUUUUUUUGGUGUACCCUCCUAGCCGCGACCGACAAAAAAAAUGUUUCGCGCUAAAACAGAGAAAAAUCCAUUUGCGAGUAAGUGAGUAUGUGAAAUUUGAGCUUUUUCCACACACACACACACACAACACACACAGAACUGAAAAGAGAGUGAAGAAUUCCUAUUCGAGCAUAGCAAAAAAAACUAAUUUUUCCACAUUGUCGCUAGGAGAUAAGAAAAAAGCAAAGCAAAAACUAAUUUUCUCCGAUUGUUUUUUUCUUCUCUGAAUUUCAGUGUUCUGCAGCAUAAAAAUCGGGGGGAUAGAUUUCGGGUAACCCGAAAAAGUUUCACAAAUCUCACAUGAAAAAUGAGUCCCUUGGGACGGAAAUUUGCACAUUUGUUUUAUAACUCAGUUUUUUCUCCUCGCUUUUCCUUCGUAUGAAGGAGAAAAACAGAAGAAGCACACAUACUAAACACAAUUAUGAAAUAGAGAGAAACGAAUAAGGGAAAAUGGGGAGAAGAAAUUAGAAAUAGUGGAACCAACAAAAAAAAAUAAAAUAUAUUAUUUUUUACAGGGGCCAUCUUCACUAUUUAUAUUUGCCGAGGAUAAUAUUAUACGACGAAAUGCAAAGGCAAUUAUAGAAUGGGGACCGUUCGAAUAUUUUAUUCUUCUCACUAUCAUAGGUAAAAUAGAAACUACAGAAACAUGUUUUAAAAAAUUAGACAAUUCUAAGAGAAACCACAAAGGAUGUGAUUGGAGUCUGAAAAAAACAUUUCAAUGAAACUUUGUGAAAUUUUCUAAUUUGACAACGUUGAAAACAUAUCAGCAUUGAGCACUUACAGAACCACCACACCUGACGAGACGUGUCCAAAAAGGACACUGUACAUUUUUUCUCAAAAGUCACACUGCAUUUUUUUCGAAAAAAAAACUUUGUUUCCUUUUCACCAACAUUUAACUUGGGGAAAUAAAUGCGCAUUUAGUUCAGUGGUAGGCCAUUUUGCUAGUGUUCAGAAGGCCCAGGUUCGAAUCUUCAUUCGAACUAAACUUUUUUUUUAUUUUUGCUCAACUUCAAAAACAACUUCAGCUUGCUAAUUUUUCGAAGUUUCUCGGUGAAAAUCAACUCAGCAGACUUCGUUUUAGUGUAGUAACACAAUGUGCAGUGUGGAAUUUACGUGACUGCUUAGCAAACCAUAGUGUCACUGAAAUUUCAAAAAAAUUGACUUUUUAUGGAAAAACGUCAAAUUCCACACUGCACAUGGGUAAAUUCAAAAACUACGCAUUAAAAUACACCAACUUUCUGAAUAUACCAACCCUUGAUAUGUGCUCGGAAAAAAAUGCCGCCCGAUUCUUUGUAAUGUCCAUAUUUACCAUUGAAAUGGACACUCCAAAUAACAGCGGAAAUAGAGCAUUUCCACACUGCACUCAUGGAGUUCCACACUGCCUAUGACCUUAGCAAUCUAUCGGAAAAAAUCAACCAUAUCCGUUAAGCCUAAGCUUAGUUAUCCUAACUUCGAAUUUUGAGCAACGUUGCAACGCAUUCGUUUGAAAACAGUUUCCUUUCCACCAACAUUUGCCCUUCGAGAAAAAAGAGAGAUGUGGCCGAGAGGGUAGCAUUUUAGACUGGCGAGCAUGAGACCAGGGUUCGAAUCCUCCUGCCCGCGGAGUUUUUUUUUUUCGAAAAACUUAAAAAUUUCACGCUGCACAUUUUUUUGAAAAAAUUUUCACACUGCACAAAAAAUUUGGGACACUCUCUCGUCAGGUGUGAGAACCACAUAGUUGAAAAAAAUGUUUUCAGACAUUUCCUCCAAAUUUGUACUGAAUUUGCAAUAAAACGAUGAAAAUUGAGUUUUUAAACGAAAGCGGUUUAAUUCCAACUGUCUAAUUUUUUUCACAAUAAGAAUAUAGCAACUUGAAAACCUCUCAAACUUGCAUAUUUCCAGGCAACUGUGUGGUAUUAUCAAUGGAGCAGCAUUUACCAAAAAACGACAAAAAACCGCUGUCAGAAAUGCUUGAACGAACAGAGCCCUAUUUUAUGGGCAUUUUCUGUUUGGAAUGUGUUUUGAAAGUUGUCGCAUUUGGGUUUGCUUUACAUAAAGGGUCAUAUCUACGCUCAGGAUGGAAUAUUAUGGAUUUUAUUGUAGUUGUUUCCGGGUGAGUUGUUUCAAUCAAAAAAAAUCUUGAAAUCGUAAAUUACAUUUGAAAGCGAUAUGUGAAAAUCCUCAAAAAAAAAAUAAUUCUCGAAAGGUCGCUGAUUUCAAAAAUGUCAUAGUUUUGUAGAUAAAAUAAUCAUCACCUACGUCAAUCUUAAAAUGAGAAAAACAUAAUCAUUUCAUUUUCCAGAGUUGUAACAAUGUUACCAUUUUCACCAACAAAUACAACACAAAACGCCAAUGUGGAUACAGUCGAUUUACGUACACUUCGAGCAGUUCGAGUGUUGCGACCGUUGAAACUAGUUUCUGGAAUUCCCAGUUUACAAGUCGUUUUGAAAUCAAUCCUUUGUGCUAUGGCUCCACUGCUCCAAAUCGGAUUGCUCGUCUUGUUCGCUAUUGUUAUCUUCGCCAUUAUUGGUCUUGAAUUCUAUUCAGGAGCAUUUCAUUCGGCUUGUUAUAAUGCGCAAGGUGAAAUUCAGAAUUUAUCAGAUCGACCAAUGCCGUGCACCAAUAAAACAUCACCAUUAGGAGUUUAUAAUUGUGCUGUGCAAGGAACACAAUGCUUGCCAAAUUGGAUAGGACCAAAUUAUGGAAUUACGUCUUUCGAUAAUAUUGCCUUUGCUAUGAUCACGGUUUUUCAAUGUAUCACUAUGGAGGGUUGGACAACUGUUAUGUAUUAUGUAAGUUUUGCUUUUAUUUUUCAAAUUCACAAAAGCAUAUUGAAGAUAAUCCGCAAUAUUUUCAGACUAAUGAUUCAUUAGGAAGCACUUACAAUUGGGCCUAUUUUAUUCCACUCAUUGUUCUAGGAUCAUUUUUCAUGCUUAAUCUAGUUCUCGGAGUGUUGUCCGGAGAGUUUGCCAAAGAAAGAGAGCGUGUUGAAAAUCGAAGAGAAUUUCUCAAACUUCGACGACAACAACAAAUUGAAAGAGAAUUGAAUGGAUAUUUGGAAUGGAUUUUGACCGCUGAAGAAGUUAUAUUGAAAGAAGAUCGGACGACAGAAGAAGAAAAAGCGGCGAUCAUGGAAGGUGGGGGUUUUUUGGAUUGUUAGAAAUGUAUUUUAAAAAUUUGUGAGAAAACAUUUUCUUGAAACUAGCCGAAAACAUUUUUUUUAGAGUUUUCAAGUAGAAAAACGAAAAACUUGAACCCAUAUUCUUCUUUGCACGGGAUUUUUUUCAGAAAACCAAGUAAAUUUGCUAAACUUAUCUCAUGAUUUUUUGAAGUCAAGUCUACAUUUAAAAAAAAAUUAUUUUACCAACUUCUUUCCAAUCCAAAAAAUCCAUAAUUUAGCCCGACGUCGAGCUGCGAACAAGAAACUAAAACAAGCAUCCAAACAACAAUCAACAGAAACCGAAGAAGAUUUUGAAGAAGAAGAAGAUGAGAUGGAAGAAGAAUAUGUGGAUGAAGGUGGAGCCAUCGAGGAUGAAUUCGGCAAGAACAUUUUACCAAAACAUUUCGCAUGCCUUUUUUUGAUUCAAAAGCAUCAAAAACUGACUGAAUUACUAAUUCUGAAAUCAAAGCAGAAGAAUUUUGAAAUAACAAAAAAAAUGUUUGCAGUGUGCUGCUUUUUUUUACGAUUUUAGAAACGCACGUUUUUUCAACUUCUACUCUACUUCUACUUCUACACUUCUAAUUUUUGGCAUGAUUUUCUCUCUUUGAGAGUUUCAGAUUUCAAAAGAAAAGUUUGAAAAAUACAGUUUGCAGUGAUUUUUUUGACUUGAAGUGAUAUUGUUGUGUGAUGAUGACAAUUUUGGAACACAGUUUUUACUUUUUAUUUUUUGAAAUAACUUUUUGCUGGCAUGACGUUUUGGGGUGAGGUGUUUUUGCUGUUUUUUUCCUGUUUUUACUACUACUACUACUACAACUGUUUUUCAAUAGUUUUCACUUUUAACUCAAAGCACCAUGAAAAAUCAAUAUUCUUUUGAUUUUCAGCUGAUCGAAAAAAGCGAGGAUGUUGUAAUGUUUUCCAAAAAAUUCACCAGACAAUUGAGGUUUGCAAAAUUUCCAAAAAAAACGUGGAAAAUGAAAAAUUAUUGAUUUUUGUAGGGUCCAAAUCCGGAUAAUGGUAAAGACACAAAUUUUCUACUGGUCUGUUAUCACACUGGUAUUUUUGAACACUUGUUGUGUUGCUAGUGAACAUUAUGGACAACCACAAUGGUUCACUGAUUUUUUGAGUGAGUUUGGGGGCCAUAAUCUGAAACAGAACUGUUUUUGUAACAUUCUGAAAUUGUUUUUUGAGAAGUAAAUUUCGAAAUUCAUUUCAGAAAAGACUAUCCAAAUUCUAUUUUUAUUUUGAAAUUUAAAAAAAUUUCGAAUGACUUUCGAAUAUAAUCAUUUUGAAUUUAAUUUCAAACAAAAAGUUUUUCGCUCAAUUAAGUCCUAUAUAUUUUCAAUAUUCUAUUUUCCAGAAUAUGCCGAAUUCGUCUUUCUCGGAAUUUUCAUUGUUGAAAUGUUGCUCAAAUUAUUUGCCAUGGGUUCUCGCACCUAUUUUGCCUCAAAAUUCAAUCGCUUUGACUGUGUCGUUAUCGUCGGAUCAGCUCUUGAAGUUGUCUGGGCUGCUGUUUAUGGUGGUUCGUUCGGUAUCUCGGUUAUGAGAGCGUUAAGACUUUUGAGAAUUUUUAAAUUGACAUCGUAAGUUAAUUCAUUUUCAGAUUGAUUUAUUUCAAAAUUCUUUUUUUUUCUAGAUAUUGGGUAUCUCUACGUAAUCUUGUUAGAUCUUUAAUGAAUUCAAUGCGAAGUAUUAUUUCACUUUUGUUCUUGCUUUUCUUGUUCAUCCUUAUUUUUGCACUUCUUGGUAUGCAACUUUUCGGAGGAAAAUUCAAUUUCCCAUCAAUGCACCCUUAUACACAUUUCGACACCUUCCCAGUAGCUCUCAUCACAGUAUUUCAAAUUCUUACCGGAGAAGAUUGGAAUGAAGUAAUGUAUUUGGCUAUUGAAUCACAAGGUGGAAUUUAUGGCGGUGGAAUGGUGUAUUCGAUUUAUUUCAUUGUUUUGGUGCUCUUCGGUAAUUAUACAUUGCUAAAUGUUUUCUUGGCUAUCGCUGUCGAUAACUUGGCAAAUGCACAAGAAUUAACUGCGGCUGAAGAAGCUGAUGAAAAAGCAAAUGAAAUCGAAGAAGAAUCUGAAGAAUUAGAUGAACAAUAUCAAGGAGAUGAUCAUUGUGCGAUAGAUGUUGAAGAAGAAUGUGAAGAGGAGGAAAGUCCAUUUGGUGGACCAAAACCAAUGGUACCAUAUUCAUCAAUGUUUUUCCUAUCACCAACAAACCCAUUCCGUGUACUUAUUCAUAGUUUUGUAUGUACCAAAUAUUUCGAAAUGAUGGUUAUGGCAGUUAUUUGCUUAUCAUCAAUCUCAUUAGCUGCAGAAGAUCCAGUUGAUGAGGAAAAUCCUAGAAAUAGGGUGCUACAAUAUAUGGAUUAUUGUUUCACUGGAGUUUUUGCUUGUGAAAUGUUAUUGAAGGUUGGUUUUUCCUUUUUUAAUUGAUUUGAAUAUUUCAAUAUUAAAAUUGCUCGAGUGAUAAUUAAAAAAGAAAUUUCAGUUGAUCGAUCAAGGAAUCCUACUCCACCCUGGUUCUUAUUGUCGAGAUUUCUGGAAUAUUCUUGAUGGAAUUGUUGUCACCUGUGCUUUGUUCGCUUUUGGAUUUGCGUAAGUCGAUUUUUCUUUUAUAGUUCGUUAUUUCUUUACUAAUCACUUCAUUUUAGCAGUUCAGACACGUAAGUUAACAGCCAUAUCAUCUAAAAUUGAUACAAAAACAGUAGUUGCUUAUUUGUUUUUCUUUUUAAAAACUUUCGGAAUUUUUUAUUGAAAUUGUAGUGCUUUUUAAUUAACAAGGGAAGAUUGCCAACUUAUGUUAGAAAUUGAAGAAAAAAAUUGAUGAAACUUUCGAAACUUUUUUUUUGAGCAAUCUUCCCUUGUAAUGGGCCUGAAGAUAUAUAUUUUGUAAUAAAAAGUAUUUUCCUGUCUAAUUUUGUCACAAAAUAUAAAUCAGCCUAGGCCCAUAAAUGUAAUUGUGCGAAAAUAUUUUUUCAAAAAAAAUUUUAAAAAUAAAAAAAGAUCACUCCCUGAUCACUGAGUUUUACUUCUCCUAACCCUCACAAAAACACAAAUUCCCAUAUUCCCAAAUUCCCUUUUCCAACAACUAACUAAUUUCCCAAUCUCCUAAACUAAAAACAACAGAAAAAUAAACAAAAAAGCUUUCCCAGCCCUUUUUUAUUCAAUUUGCACAAUAUCAUUUUACAGAGUGGAGAAUGAUGGCUUGCUUUAAAAUUUUGCAAAAGAUUUUUCUGCAAGUUGUCAUAAAUUCUCUGCAAAAAUGUUGCUCAGUUCGGGUUUAAUCGAUGAUUUUUCAGGGGAACCGAAGGAAGUGCUGGAAAGAAUCUCAAUACUAUCAAAUCUCUGAGGGUUCUUAGAGUGUUGCGUCCACUGAAAACUAUCAAAAGAAUUCCAAAACUCAAGGUAUAAUUUUAUAUAUAGAAAAUCAAGAGAUUCCAAUAUAAGUUUUAGGCUGUAUUCGAUUGCGUUGUGAACUCUCUCAAGAACGUAUUCAAUAUUUUGAUUGUAUAUUUCUUGUUUCAAUUCAUCUUUGCUGUCGUUGCUGUCCAACUUUUUAAUGGAAAAUUCUUUUUCUGCACAGACAAAACAAGGAAGUUUGCAAGAAAUUGUCAUGGUCAAUUCUUUGUUUAUGAUAGUCAAGUGAGUUUUGGACAAUUGAAAUGUUCAAACUGGACCCUUAUAAUCAAUUUAAAAAAAAACAUUAUUUCCAGAAUGAUCCACCGCGUGUCGAACAACGUGAAUGGCGUCUUCGCCCGUUCAACUAUGACAAUACAAUCAAUGCGAUGCUCACUCUAUUCGUGGUCACAACUGGUGAAGGAUGGCCUGGAAUCCGUCAGAAUUCUAUGGACACAACAUUCGAAGAUCAAGGUCCAAGUCCAUUUUUCCGAGUCGAAGUUGCACUUUUCUAUGUGAUGUUUUUCAUUGUCUUCCCAUUCUUCUUUGUCAACAUUUUCGUUGCGUUGAUUAUCAUCACUUUCCAAGAACAAGGUGAAGCUGAAUUGAGUGAAGGAGAUCUUGACAAAAAUCAAAAGCAAUGUAUUGAUUUUGCAUUGAAUGCGAGACCUCGAUCAUUAUUCAUGCCGGAAGAUAAGAAUUCAAUCAAAUAUCGGAUAUGGAGGCUUGUCACUUCUGCGCCAUUUGAAUAUUUUAUUAUGACGAUGAUUUGUUGUAACACAAUUAUUUUGAUGAUGAAGUUCUACAAAAAUCCACAAUUUUAUGAAGAGAUUUUGCGGUUUUUCAAUACGGCAUUGACCGCAGUUUUUACAGUGGAAAGUAUUCUGAAAAUCUUGGCGUUUGGUGUUAGGGUAAGUAUUUAUCUAAUUUCGAACUGCUCUUCAAAAAUCUCAAUUUUUGUAGAACUAUUUCCGAGAUGGUUGGAAUCGUUUCGAUUUUGUAACAGUUGUUGGAUCUAUAACCGAUGCUUUGGUCACAGAAUUUGGUGGACAUUUCGUGUCACUUGGAUUCUUGAGACUUUUCCGAGCUGCAAGACUUAUUCGAUUACUCCAACAAGGUUAUACAAUUCGAAUUUUGCUCUGGACAUUUGUUCAAAGUUUCAAAGCUCUGCCAUAUGUCUGUUUAUUGAUCGGAAUGUUAUUCUUCAUCUAUGCAAUUGUUGGAAUGCAAGUCUUUGGUAAUAUUUGGCUAAACGCAGCAACCGAAAUCAAUCGACACAACAAUUUCCAAUCAUUCUUCAAUGCAGUUAUUCUACUGUUUCGAUGUGCGACUGGUGAAGGUUGGCAAGAUAUUAUGAUGGCUGCAGUUCAAGGAAAAGAAUGUGCAUCAGCAAAUUCCGAACAAUAUAAUGCAUUAAAGGGAAACACUUGUGGAAGCAAUGUUUCUUAUGCAUAUUUCACCAGUUUCGUUUUCCUUUCCUCAUUUUUAAUGUUGAAUUUGUUCGUCGCUGUUAUCAUGGAUAAUUUCGAUUAUUUAACAAGAGAUUCUUCAAUUCUCGGACCCCAUCAUCUUGACGAAUUUAUUCGAGUUUGGGCCGACUAUGAUCCAGCAGCAACGUAAGAUUUCUUUUUAAAAAUUCUGUUUCCCAAACAUAGAUUUUUGCAGAGGUCGAAUUCAUUAUACUGAUAUGUAUGACAUGUUACGAAACAUAGCACCGCCUGUCGGAUUUGGUCGAAAAUGUCCAUAUCGUCUUGCGUAUAAACAUCUGAUUCGAAUGAAUAUGCCUGUAUCUGAAGAUGGAACGGUACAUUUUACAACAACACUAUUCGCAUUGAUUCGAGAAAGUUUGAGUAUCAAAAUGAGACCUGUUGAAGAAAUGGAUGAAGCUGAUGAAGAACUUCGACAAACUUUGAAAAAAAUUUGGCCAUUGAAAGCGAAGAAAAAUAUGAUUGAUCUUGUUGUUCCACCAAAUUUCGGUAAUUUUUUUUUUAGUUUUUUUUGAAAAUAAUAUCAAAAACAAUUCCAGAACUCUGUUUCCAAAAAUUGACGGUUGGUAAAAUCUACGCCGGUUUGUUGAUCCUCGAAAAUUAUCGAGCCAAAAAGAGUGGCACGGAGGUAUGUGAGGUGCUCUCAAUAGUAGUUUCCAUUUUUAAUAUAUGUUCUCUAUUCAGCGGGGUUUUAUAUUUGAGAAGAGAAAAAAUUUAGUUAGGAGACAUGAAAUUUGUGUUGGGGGUACAAGGUUAAAAUUAGCUAGAGGCAAUGAAACGACAGCGUGCCGCCGAAUUGCUUCGACGGCGACGAAAUGCAGUGUUUCAAUGGUUUUCGAAAGAUUCGUCAAAUACGGAUGAACAGGUCAAAAACCCCCUCCCGUUUUCAAAUUUAUCUUUUUUCGCCUGCCUUGACCAUCCAACAAAAAACCUUUUAGCGGUUCCCUCUUUUUCAACAAAAAAAAAUCUCCUCAAAAUAUACAAAUGUAUGAAAUGAUUCAUUCAUUCAUGACUAACAAACAAAUUUGGAUGUUUUUUAUAACAUUUAACAAAAUGAGUCAAAAAAAUAUGAAAUUAUGAAUGUAAAAAAGGACAAUACAAAAAGGUUACAUGUGUGUGUUUUUAUAUGAAAUAUAUAUUUAUUUAUAUAUUUAGAAUUGACGGUGUGCGCUUUGUAGAGAUUUUUUUUUCAACGGAAUUGCUAAAAUAUAAAUAAUCCAAACCACAAUUAGUAGAAAGUACCCGAUAGAUGUGUAGAGUCAUUUUUUAUUUUAAUUUUAUAGGAAAAGCAUGAUUAUUUUGAACUAGAGUCAGAAUAAUAAAAACUUUGAAAAAAACAAGAUUACUUUAGAUUGGCGGUGGCGGAUUGUUUGGAGGAGGAUUACGAUCACUGGUUGCUGCCGCAAAAGCAUCACAACAAACUUCACAUACACCUCAACCACCAGCUGAAGAAACGACACCGAUGAUUUCGCACGCUCAGCAGAAUCAUCUUAUUCAGCAACAACAUCAGCAACAGCAACAGCAGCCAAGACAAAACUCAAUAAGUCAGGCAAAUGUUGGAGGUGGACAAAGACCAUAUUCGCUUUUCAAUACUCUGGUGGAUACAAUCAAAGCUAAAAGUGAAGAUGAAGUAACUCCGUUGCAAUAUGAUCCUCUUCAACAAAGGUAGGAUCAAAAAAUUGUGGAUUCAGGGCUUUCAGAUUUAGAUUCAACCUUUGGCUACGAAUUCUCGGCCUCUUUUCCGAGAUGAACUUUUGAAUAAUCAAAAAUUCCCAAACUUCUAAAUGUGAGGAUCUUACCGUCAAAAGUCAAUCUCCUUACUCCCCAGAUUUUUCAUCAGCCCCUAUUUACCAAAACAAAUUUUUUCAGUGACUACUCGGAAAAAUCAGUCACCACAGGCCGCCGACUCUCUGACAUGUUCUCAAAAAUACGCCGCGGUCCUUCUGCCGACCAUCAAGCACACCAGGUACGUCAUUUUUCUCCCCCUCAUUGUUUUUUCUGACUCACACCCACAUCACCAAAGGCGGUUUCUUUUCGGCGAAAACACACAGAAUCAAUUGAUGAUAAACAAACACAACUUGUCUCUGUGUCGCACUGUAUCCAAAAUGGGUCCCAAAAUAUAUAUUUCCAGAAAAUUAAACGAAAAACUUCUAUCGCAUUUAUCUUUCUUUGUGUCAUUUCUUUCCUUUUUUGGAGUUCCAUUUAACUAACGAUGAUUAAAUCUCUUGAAACAGUAAACCAUAUUUUUAGAACUAUUCGAACCGCUUCGGUUGCAGUCGCAAUAGAGGCUCACGAUAUGAUGAGGUUUGUGUUGUGCCAGUUAGACAAAAGAUAUGUCGAGAAAACCGAAUCAAUCUGCUAAACGUGUGCCCGUGUUGUACAAAUUGUGUUGUGAACAAAACAAUAUGAUAGCAUGAUUUUCUUUAUCGCUUUUCUUUUUAUAAAAAUCCCCAUAGAAAAUGAGUUGAAAUUUUCAACAUAUGUGAAAAAACUGAGUUUCAUUUUCAUCAUAUCAGUUAAGUUGACAAAAAAAUCAGGCAUGGGAAAGGGUAGUUUUAGCAUGUGAAUGUUUUAAUAUCAUAUUCAUAUAUAUCCCGGUUUUUUAGUACAUACAUAUGUAGCAUGAAAAUUUGCUUCAAAAACGGUAAAACAUAUUUUUACAGACGGAAUUGUUACUUGCUCAAGAUAACCGUUCACCAACAUCUCCAAGAUAUCGUAGUAUGGCGAGAGCAUCGCCACCGUCACCAGCCGAACGAUAUUCAAGAUAUAGAAGUGAUUCACCACCAAUGUCAAGAACUGAAUUCCCAAUGUCAAUUAGAGAUCCAAUAAUCAGAAAAAAUCGAUAUGAUAUGUAUGAUCAUUCAAGACCCUCAUAUGAUUCAACAAAUCAUCAAUACCAUCGAGUAUAUCAGAAUUCUAAUCAAUAUUCAAGAAGUCCAAUAUACUCUGAUGAUUCAAGUGGAACUGAUUGUUAUAGAAGAGAUCGAGAGCGAGAUCGAGAUCGAGACCGCGAUCGUGAUUACCGUCCAAGAUAUCAUGAUUCAACACCUCAAGAUAUCAGCGAAGAAGAUGAUCCAAUGCCAAUGGCAGUUAGAUCAAGAAGACUUCCACUUAUAGCAACUAUGCCAACACAUUAUGAAUCAGUGUCAAAUCAUCGCUACAAUCCACCAUAUGGCGGAAGUGGAGGACCUUCUUCAUCGCGUCAACAUUCAUCACAUUCAAAUCAUCAACCAAUGCUCAAUUUGUCGCCAUUAAUGUCACCAAGAUCAAGUCAUAGUUUUUAUACACCAAGGAGUUCACAAUAUUAUGAAAUACCAAGUCCAAGUCCCGAUGUGAGUUGAAAUUAGAAAAUUAUUAAGAAUAUUAAAAAAAAUAAUCCCUGUUAAGAAACAAAAAGUUUCUGCCAAAAAUCACAUUUCCCAGAAAAUCAAAUUAUUUGCCCAAUAAACAUGAUGAUUUAGAAUAUCUAUAAAAUUAUAUAAAAUACUGAUAGGCGCAGGUGAUUUAUUAUAUCUAUUUCAAGUUUUUUGUUCAUCAAAUGUUUCAUAAAGUGUAAGGCAAUUCAUGAUUGAAACAAAUUCCAGAUGUAUUCGUCAUACCGUGGACCAACUUCUCCUCGACGUUAUGCAGCAAGUACAGUAGUUCUUGCAUCAGAUCGUGAUGGAUCAUCAGCUCGUGUAGUUCAAGCCCAACCCGGUUCAAUUCCAUUAUCCGAUUCGGAAACAGAAGAUGAUCCACGUUGGGCAAUUGUUUAG